AUGGCUGUAGGGACAAUUUUGUUUGUUUUGCUGCUUGCUCUGCUGAUUCUCUUCUUCCUGAGACAACUUUGGACCCGAAGACAUUUGCCUCCUGGUCCUUUGGCUCUACCUCUCAUUGGGUCCUUGUGGGCUUCUGGGAUUCGGCUUCAUGAAGAUUAUUUUCAUGAGCCUGCAAAACGAUAUGGAAAUAUAUACUCCAUGUGGCUUGGACCUAAACAUUUUGUAGUGCUGUCUGGAUUCCAAGCUGUGAAAGAAGGAAUGACCAGCUUCCCAGAAGAAUUCUCUAAUCGGUUACAGGAUGUUUUCUUGACCACUUUGGGGGAAACAAGGGGUAUUUUUUUCUCCAAUGGUGAAAUCUGGAAGCAGCACCGGCACAUUGCCGUCACUUCUCUGCGGAAGCUGGGCCUGGGAAAUAAAAGCGUUGAGCCUCAGAUAGAAGAUACAGUUCAGACACUGGUGGAGAGCUUUAGAGAAACAAAAGGACAGCCUUUUGACCCUUCAUUUCUAGUAAUAAGUGCAAUUUCUAAUGUCAUAUGUGCUUUGAGUUUUGGGUAUCAGUUUGCUCCUGAAGAUGAAAACUUCCAGAAGCUAAUUCAAGCGCUUGAAAUUGUUGCGAAAUUCACUGGUACCUUUUUUCAUAUGCUGUUUAUUGUGUUCUCACAAUUAAUGAAGUAUGUCCCGGGCCCUCACAAGGAUGCCUUGGCUUCUGUAGAGGUGAUCAAUUCCUUUGCAAAGCAGGAAGUAGAGAAACACAAGGAAUCCGGCUCUCUGCACACGCCACAAGAUUUCAUUGAUCACUACUUUCUUCAGAUGGAAAAGAGCAGGAAUGACCCCAAUUCUACCUACAGUGAAGAGAACCUGGUUCAGUGUAUUUGUGAUUUUUUUGUUGCUGGAACAGAGACAAUCUUCUCUACUCUGAUGUGGGCACUGCUACUCUUGACAAAUUAUCCCGACAUUCAAGAGAAAGUCCAGAAGGAGAUUGAAGAUACCUUUAGUUCCUCGGCCUCAAUUUCCUAUCAGGAUCGGAAGAAGCUGCCCUACACCAAUGCCGUGAUUCAUGAAAUGCAGCGUUUUAAAAGUGUCUUAAUUAUUGUGGCUCCCAGGCAAAGUACAAAAGAUGUGAAGAUUAACAAUUACCAUGUCCCAAAGGGGACCAUGAUUGUGCCUGACCUGCGUUCUGUUCUGCUUAACCCUGAACAAUGGGAGACACCUGAAGAGUUCAACCCAAAUCACUUUUUAGAUAAGGAUGGGAAGUUCACUGAACGAGAAGCAUUUCUGCUCUUCGGAAUAGGUAAACGUUCAUGUGUGGGAGAGCAGCUGGCGAGAAUUCAAAUCUUCAUCUUUCUGACCAACCUGUUGAGGGCCUUCAGCUUCCAGUUGCCUGAAGGAAUGAAAGAACUGAAUGAAACUCCUAUUGUAAAACUGACAGUGCAUCCACACCCUUACAAACUGUGUGCUAUUUCCAGAAAGCCUUAA